AGCGUUCACGAAGUCCAGUUGCACUGGAACCACCGUCACAGUAGGCUGAUUUGUAAUUGACUGUUUUUUAUGUUCUGCUGCAGUCGUAAUAAAUCGAACAGUCUGAGUAGCCGUGUAAACAUGAGUUUGAAAAAUAAAGUGGCUAUAGUGACAGGCGGGAGCUCUGGCAUCGGAGCGGCGAUCGCAGUAGCAUUCACCGCAGAAGGAGCCAAAGUAGCCAUCGUCGCACGUAAUGAGACGAAACUAGCUGAAGUCGCUAAAGAAUGCGAAAAAAACGGCGCCGAACCGCUAGUCAUCGUUGCUGAUGUUAGCAAAGAAGAUGACGCUCAGAAGAUUAUCGAAACCACUCUCAAAAAAUUCGGGAAAUUAGACAUAUUGGUGAACAACGCUGGCAUUGCAAGAUCAGGCAGCAUUCUCGACAAAGACUCCUUGGCAAAGUUUGACCAAGUGCUUGCCACAAAUCUGCGUUCAGUUGUCUAUCUGACGCACCUUGCUGCUCCUCACAUUAUUGAGACUAAGGGUAAUAUCAUCAACAUGUCCAGUGUAGCCGCCAUUGGUGUUUUUGCUCCGAACACUUUUAUCUACAACACUUCGAAAGCAGCUUUGGACCACUUCACUCGGUGUAUAGCUCUUGAACUGGCACCUAAAGGUGUACGUGUGAAUAAUAUCAACCCUGGGCCAGUGAAAAGUGAUAUAGUGGCGAAUACUGGUGCUGACCCGGCAAUGCAGGCUAUGUCGUGGGAGAUGAUGAAAGGCAAGACGGCUCUAAAGCGGAUAGGGGAUCCCGAAGAGAUAGCUGACCUGGCUGUCUUCAUAGCUAGCGAUAAAGGAAGGAGUAUCACCGGGUCUUCUAUUGUCUCUGAUAAUGGAACCCUUCUCCAGUAGACAAAGAACUUGAAGAUACACGUAAUAACUUUACGAUUCUGUAAAUUGAGAACGUACUCGUAAAGGAGUGAACAAACUGUGUAAAAAUAAAAUUUAUGAAAUA